AUGGCAGAACCAGCCCGCAGCAAGCGGAAACCCAUCCGAACUUACCACUGUACUUUCUGCAGUCAUCUCCUUCUUGGGAGCACCCGUGAUAUACUCUCCUUACCGCGUCGAAAGGAGCCAUCACUGGAUCGGGCAUUGAUUGUCCCCCUGCCCACACGCACCACUUCGUCCUCUGCAGAUUCAGACUCCGAUCCCGAACAAAUGGAAGAGAAAGAAGGCGAAGAAGCAAAAGAAGAACAAGGACAGGAACAAGAAGUAGCGCAAAACCCAAGCACAUCACAGGGUCCUCGCGACGAUGCGCCCAAAAGAUGGAAAGAAAGCAAAGAAAAGCGUGCGCGGAGAACCAAGUCAAGCGAGGAUGAAGAUUACACGAUCCUACUCUCCACUACUGCACCGGAUCGCAAACCUCUCAUGGUCCGUCGCGCCGAUGGGUUUGAGAAACGCUGGUUGAUUCGCUGUGGAAGGUGCAGAGUUAUAGUGGCAUACCUUUUGGACGAUAUACAUUUCUCAGCGGGGAAGAAGCAGGGUGCACACGAGGAAAAAGAAGACGAGGGGCGUGGACAGAGAGAGAUGCCAAAGGUCGUUUAUUUGCUUCCUGGUGCGGUGGUGGAGACAGCGGAUAUGGGGCAGAGGGAAAUUGUGGCUGAGAGGGAAGAGUGGGCGGAAUGGGCGGAGUUGGCGUCUGGGAAGGAGACGUAG